CCGCCCCUGAGGCGUUUGGCAGUGGGCAAGUGGAGCGGCGGCGAAGCCCGUUUUCGCGUCCCUUCCAUUCCUCUCGCCCUCCGCGGCUGGUGCUGGCGCGUCGCACUGCCUUUCCCCGCCGCCCCAUCCUCCCGUCUCGGCUAGAGUCGCGUUUCUCUCAACCACCAGGCGACAUGGAAAGUGCGGCGAUGGGAGCCGAGUUCAACAUCCUCCUCGCGACCGACUCCUACAAGGUGACACAUUAUAAACAAUAUCCACCCAAUACAAGCAAAGUAUAUUCCUACUUUGAAUGUCGUGAAAAGAAGACCGAGAACUCCAAAUACAGGAAGGUGAAAUAUGAGGAAACUGUUUUUUACGGGUUGCAGUACAUUCUUAAUAAAUACUUAAAAGGCAAAGUGGUAACCAAAGAGAAAAUUCAGGAAGCCAAAGAGGUAUACAAGGAACACUUUCAAGAUGAUGUCUUUAAUGAAACAGGGUGGAACUACAUUCUUGAGAAGUAUGAAGGCUGUCUUCCCAUAGAAAUAAAGGCUGUUCCUGAGGGCUGUGUAAUUCCCAGAGGAAAUGUACUCUUCACUGUUGAAAAUACUGAUCCAGACUGUUAUUGGCUCACAAACUGGAUUGAGACUAUUCUUGUUCAGUCAUGGUAUCCAAUCACAGUAGCCACGAACUCCAGAGAACAAAAAAAGAUCUUGGCAAAAUACCUCCUGGAAACAUCAGGCAGUUUAGAAGGACUGGAGUACAAACUACAUGAUUUUGGUUACAGAGGGGUGUCCUCACAAGAGACUGCAGGAAUAGGAGCCUCUGCGCAUUUGGUGAACUUUAAAGGAACUGAUACAGUAGCAGGAAUUGCUUUGAUUAAGAAAUACUAUGGAACAAAAGAUCCUGUGCCGGGCUAUUCUAUUCCAGCUGCUGAACACAGUACUAUAACAGCUUGGGGGAAAGAUCAUGAAAAAGAUGCUUUUGAACACAUUGUGACACAGUUUUCUUCAGUGCCUGUAUCUGUGGUCAGUGACAGUUACGACAUUUACAAUGCUUGCGAAAAAAUAUGGGGUGAAGACUUGAGGCAUUUAAUUGAAUCAAGAAGUGCAGAGGCUCCACUGAUUAUUAGGCCAGAUUCAGGAAACCCUCUUGACACUGUGCUAAAGGUUUUGGAAAUUUUAGGAAAGAAGUUCCCUAUUACAGAAAAUGAAAAAGGCUAUAAAGUGUUGCCUCCUUACCUCAGAAUUAUUCAAGGAGAUGGUGUUGAUAUCAACACAUUGCAAGAGAUGGUGGAGGGAAUGAAACAAAAGAAGUGGAGUAUUGAAAACAUUGCCUUUGGAUCAGGUGGAGCUUUACUGCAGAAAUUAACUAGGGAUUUCUUGAAUUGCUCUUUCAAAUGCAGUUAUGUGGUCACCAACGGACUUGGGGUAAAUGUCUUUAAAGAUCCUGUAGCUGACCCUAACAAAAGGUCAAAGAAAGGCAGGUUGUCGUUACACAGGGCACCAAACGGACACUUUGUUACACUUGAAGAAGGCAAGGGGGAUCUUGAAGAAUAUGGCCAGGAUCUCCUUCAUACGGUGUUUAAGAAUGGAGUAGUAACGAAGUCUUACUCGUUUGAUGAAGUAAGAAAAAAUGCCAAGCUGAAGACUAGUGAACUCACAACGGCAUCUCACUAAAGUUUCAUUCCGUGUUUGUAUAUGUGUAACAAUUAUGUACCACUAAUGGUUUCAUGUAGAAGUUUGUGUGUUUUGUGUUUGCCACAUUAUAGCCAAAUUAUUUGUUGGUUUAUGGACAUCACUGCCCUAUCUUCUUUUUUUGCCGGUCUUUAGAAAAGAUGGAAUUGGAGAAAUAUUUGCAGUUCAAAACAUGUUCAGUGUGUUUCUAGGGGCCCUUUGCCAGUAGUGAUUCAAUCUGGUAUUGAUCUCCUCACUGAUGAGACAGAGCCAAGACUUUUUAUAUAUAUAUAUAUAUAUAUAGUAGCAUACCACAAAACAGGUUUGCAUAAAAGUAUCAUUGCUUUAUGUUUAUAUUUAACUUGUAUUUUUGUACAAACAAGAUUGUGUAAAAUAUAUUUAAAGUUUCAAUAAUUACGUCUUUCCAACUUUUCAUGAUUUUUAUGAGCACAGACUUUCAAGGAAAUAUUUGGGGAUGGGGGAAUUCAUUGCCUUUUUGUCCAUUGAUCAGCAAAUAAAACAUGGCCUUAAGUUUUAUUGUGACAACUGUACUGUUUGAAAGUUUUAAUCAGGAUAGCUCCCUCAGAUCUCACAGAAAAACAGACAUCACUGUUCAUUGUAGUUAUCUGUCAUUUGACAGUAAGUUCUGUUCUUACUGGAAUUGUGAGGUACUAUAAAUAAAAAAUUUAUAAAUACAUAAGCCUUGCUAGAGAGCAAGAGAUAUAAAUGGAAUGCCAAAUGUGGAAAGGACUUCUUGCUGCAACAAACUUUGCCACGUGCACCUCAAUAUUCCAAAAGCAAGGUUGCAAUCUUGUGCACACCCAAAUAUGCAUGAGGUCUGGCUGUGAAACCAAGAGAUUUCCUUCCACUACAGAACAUACACAUGUAAAAUACUGACAAGUAUGGAAGUAGUAUAGUAAAGUAACUACACUUCUGGGUUUAUUUUUCCAUAUAUUGUGACAAACUUCAAAACAAAAUGCUGAACUGAAUAGUGCACUUUUUUUUACUUUUUUUGUAUUUUGUUCAUUGGUUUUGCCUUUUUGUCGGACUGGAUGUUAAAUUGUAUAGACGUCUUAACUAUUUUUUGUUAAACAACUUUAAUAAAACAUUAUCCUAGCCAA